AUGUCUUCAUCGCGUGACUUAGAGGAAGCAGGCAGUCCACCCGGCGAAGAAGCUUUUGUGAAAGUCAAUAAUUACAUCAAAGAAGUCUUCGAGAUAUUAAAGCACGAGACAACCAAAGUUCGCAAAGAAAGAGAUGCUUUUGAUGAGGUCGCAAAGAAGCUAGAGCAUGUUCACUUCUCGAAAUUGGUGAAACUCAAUGUCGGCGGCCACCUUUUCUCAACCAGUCUGGAAACCGUGAAUAAAGAUCCAGGUUCGAUGUUGCACGCCAUGUUUUCAGGAAGAUUUGACACAAAGCCAGGCGAGGAUGGAUCUUACUUCAUUGAUCGCGACGGAACUCACUUCCGGUAUAUCUUGAAUUAUCUUCGCACAGGGCAGCUUAUUGUGCCUCAAGACAAGACUGUUUGUAGGGAGCUUCUCGCUGAGGCCGAAUUUUAUCAAGUUGAAGGAAUAAUUAAUGACCUGAGAGCAGGAUCCUUUAAAGAUUCAUCAGUUCUGACAUCAGAUCAAUGCCAAAUCUUGAUGAACUGGCUGGGGGACACCUGGGCCCCAAAAGAAGCUAACUUGUUCCCUUGCUUGUUAUAUCGUGCUUCGCGGAAUGGCUGGGCUGCUAGCGACUUUCACGCUCGGUGUGACAACAGGGGACCAACGUUGACAGUGGUGAAGAGUGGAAACUGCACAUUUGGAGGCUAUACAGAGCAAUCGUGGGCAGGUAGGUUUAACGCUUCAUCUUAA